GAUGCUUAAUCCUGACAUCGUCCUUUCCAGCGCUGAUUCGUCCGGCAUACUGCACCAACACAACACUGUAGCAGACAGUCACCUCUAUCAUGGGCAAACUCCACCUCAAGCGCACGCCUGUCGAGGAGGCUGAGCGAGCAGCUCGCAAAGCUCGUAAGCGAGCCAAGAAAGAAAAGGCUUCAAGACGGAGACGCGAAGCGCUCUCUACUUCCCCGCCUAGACAGUCCCAGGAUUAUCCACAAUCUAAUGGCUUUGCUUUCGGCUUCGAUGACGAUGACACCUACGGUCCACCACCGCCACCUUCCUCAUACAAGAUAGACGAGGAUGCGGUCCGUGCCGAGAUCGAAGAGCAACGCUUCCGGGAGAAGAUGUCCCUUGCGUUUGAGGAUGACGAGCAGCUGCACCUGCGGGACGAGCACAUGAACUCAUACGCGCAUAUCCCAUACAGGUGGCGCGACAGGGAUAUGGAAGAUGGUCCUGGGGGAAGCAUGGGUAGCGACCCGCGUACGAUGGACGACGAAGAAUAUGCAGAGUGGAUGAGAGAAGGCAUGUGGAGGAAGAAACAUGCGAAGGAAUUCGAGGAGCAGAAGCGCCAAGAUUCUGCUCGUGCGGAGAAGCUCAAACGUGAACGCGAGGCACAAGCCGAGACCAACCGUCUACUGCGAGCCGAGGCAGAAAAACGUAAACGGAAAAAGUCGCAUCGAAGACUUCAGCAAGAGCACGCACAUAGGGAGGAAUACGAGCGUUGUUGGGCUCGUUUAUUGCAUAAGGACCAGGCAGAACCGGCAAAGCUCCUCUCAUUUUCGGACGUCCCGUGGCCCAUCUUUCCCUCGUUUCCGUCCUCCAAGUCCAAGGAGGAACCUGUUCCGAUCACUAUGGAGCAUCUCACACCGAGUGCCAUCGCGGCUUUCAUUCUACCCCAACUCGACGAUGAAUCCACCUCACCUCAGGAGCGCGACAGGAGCCGCAAGGACGCGCUGCGCGACGCGAUGCUGAGGUUUCACCCUGACAAGUUCGAGGGGCGCGUUCUGCGUCAGGUAGUUGAAGCCGAUCAAGACCCAGUGCGCGAGGCCGUCGGUGUAAUCGUGCGUGCGGUGCGAGGACUUAUGGAGGGCAAUUGACUUAAGGCCCUGUACGGUUGGUAUCUUCCAUAUCAGCAUGUCCCCAAGUGAAGCCAUUUGGCACUACUUCGCCUUGACCGACUUGUAUUUAUUUUUAAUAGCGCGGAACUGAAAUAAGAUCAUGCUCA